AUGUAUUCUAUGGUCAGUUCAACUGGAAUUAAUGGGCCAACUGUUGAUUCUAUUCUCUGUAAAACCACUAAUCCAUCAUCUUUAAUCUCAAAUCCAAAAUCCGAUAUUGGUUCAAAAACACAUUGCAGGACUGAUGGUUUUUCAAUCGAUUCGAUUCUCAACAAACAAUCUGAAAAUGGACUUAUUUCAGAAGUCAAAAACAAAUGUAACAAUAAAAUUACUUUUCAAGUGGAACACGAAAAAGAUAAUCAAGAAUCACGCAUUGACAACGUGUUAGGGAAACAUGUUAACAUUUCUGGUCCUAUGGAGGAAGAAAUCGGAAGAGAUCAAAAUCUUGGGAAAGCAAAAAUUGAAACAAAUCAAUUAGAGGAAGAUUACAAUUACACUCAGAAUGUCUCUGAUUUCAAGAAGGCAGUAUACGAUCUCCAUUUACAUUUCACCAGAAAGCCACUUGGCCCGUAUCAAGAUUUUGAAAUCUAUAAAGAAAUGAGCUUUGAAAAAAUAUAUCUGCUAAUUGUUGGUAUAGAACGAGAUGAAGGGAAGAGAUAA